AUCCGCCUAGCAACUGACUCGCGUUUACCUUGGCAACGCUCGGAGACAGGUGCUGGGGGACCGGUAGCGCCGACGGGCAGCCAGCGCCAUGGCGGAUCCCUCCGAAGACCCCUCGCCUGAGGCUCAGGCGCCGAGCUCGGAACAACUAGACCCGAGUCCCCCAUCCGGCCAGGGCCCCGACCAGGGAACCCCCCCUGCUCAGGGCCCAGACCAGCCCACCGAGCCCGGCCAGGGAACCCCCCCUGCUAUGGGGCCCUACCAGCCCAGCGAGCCCGGCCAGGGAACCCCCCCUGCUAUGGGGCCCUACCAGCCCAGACAGGCCCUCUACCAACCCUCUCAAACAGGCCAAUUUCCAUAUGAAUCAUAUGAACCUGGACAAACUCCUUAUCAACCUCACCAGCCAGGCCAGAUUACCACACCAGGUCAAGUUCCCUAUCAGCUUCACCAACCAGGACAAUCUGCCUAUGAAGCUCAUCAAAUGGGACAAGAGCUCAGACAAAGCAUCUAUCAGCCACAUGCACCAGGACAAACUCCCUAUCAGGCACAGGAACCAAGAGGAAGCCUUUAUCGGCAACAAGAACCUAUGCUUGGUCCCUAUGAGCCUUUUGCACCUGAACAUGGCCCUUACCAACCACAUGAACCAGGCUAUGGCCUGUAUCAGCCAGGAUACAGCCCAUGUGAGAAUGAAAUAUCUGAUCCUGGACCUAGAGCAUUGGCAAUCCAGAAUGCAAAGGCCUAUCUAAUGAAGAGCAGCACGAAGUCUGGCCUGAACUUAUAUGAUCAUCUUGCUCGCAUGCUGACCAAGAUCUUGGAUGAACGCCCUAUAAAUGCAGUAGACAUAAUUGAGAAUAUUAGUAAGGAUGUGAAAUGGGCUCAGUUCCAGAAAAAAAUGGACACGCUCCGUGAUGAGCAUGAAAUGCUUCCAACAUUUGAACUGGCAGAGAAAUAUAAGGCUCUGUUCCUCAAGGGGACAGGAGAGGGAGGAGAUCAAGAGCCAGAAGAAGAAAUAACAGAUACUCCUCUACCCAAUGUGAUGGAGACAGCCUUCUAUUUUGAACAGGCUGGAGUUGGCUUGAGCAUGGAUGAAAACUACCACAUAUUACUUGCCCUCAAGCAGCUCGUCAGCACGCAGCCAAUCCAGACAUGCCGCUUCUGGGGCAAGAUCUUGGGCCUGGAGACGAAUUAUAUUGUGGCUGAAGUGGAGUACCGUGAAGGGGAAGAGGAGGAGGAGACAGAAGAGGAAGAAGUGAUUGAAGAGGGAGGGAAAGAAGGGAGUGAGGGCGAAGAAGAAGAUGAGGAAAAAGAAGAUGAUGAGCCACCAAAGUCCACCUAUAAGCCCCCACUGGCGGUCCCAAAAGAAGAAAACCGGACUGGAACCAAUAAGUUUAUCUAUUUUGUCUGUAAUGAGCCAGGUAAACCCUGGGUGAAGUUACCUCCAGUGACACCAGCACAAAUUGUGGCUGCUAGGAAAAUCAAAAAGUUCUUCACUGGAAGGCUGGAUGCUCCUAUUGUGAGCUACCCACCUUUCCCAGGGAAUGAGGCUAAUUACCUACGUGCACAAAUCGCUCGGAUCUCAGCAGGGACCCAGAUCAGCCCUCUGGGGUUCUACCAGUUUGGAGAGGAGGAAGGAGAUGAAGAGGAAGAGGGGGGAGCAGGAAGAGAUACAUAUGAAGAAAAUCCUGACUUUGAGGUCAUUAGUGUAACAGAACUUGCAGAUUCCCUUUCUAACUGGGUGCACCAUGUACAGAAUAUUCUAAUACAGGGCCGCUGUGCCUGGGUUAACCCGUCUCAAAAGUCAGAGGAGGAAGAAGAAGAAGGCGAGGAAGAGGAAAAAACAGAAGAGCCAGAUGAGCCACAGCCAGAAGUGGGCCCCCCUCUUCUGACUCCACUCUCUGAAGAUGCAGAAAUUCAAAAUAUCCCUCCAUGGACAUCUCAGUUAUCCACAAAUCUGGUUCCUCAAUACGCCAUUGCAGUUCUUCAGUCCAACUUGUGGCCUGGAGCAUACUCUUUUGCUAUCGGCAAGAAAUUUGAUAACAUUUAUCUGGGCUGGGGUCACAAAUACAGUGUGGAUAACUAUUCGCCUUCACUACCCCCAUCGGUGCAAGCAGAGUACCCUAGUGGGCCAGAAAUCACUGAAAUGAGUGACCCUACUGUGGAAGAGGAGCAGGCACUCAAAGCUGCACAGGAAGAAGCUUUGGCUGCAGCUGAGGAAAUAGAUGAGUUGGAGGAAGAAGAGGAUGAAGAUGAGGAUGAUUAAAAUCUACAAAAGUCAGAUUUGUAUAAAAGUUUUUCUAAAAAAUAGUUUUAAUAUAUUUAGUAUAAUGAGUAUAAUGACUGAGCCAAUCUUAAAAAAUCAAUGUGUGUAUAUAUA